AUGCGCGCCUUCUCCAUCACGCGCGCGCCCGCGCUCCUCGCGCUCGCGCUCGCGCUCCUCGUCCACGCCGCGGCCGCGCGCGACGUCGCGACGAACGGCGACGGAACGCGCCUCCCUCUCGCGCGAGCCUCGGACCCGUCGUGUCCGUGGCUCGGAAACGUGCUCGACGCCGCGCGCGCGUCGCCGCUCGUGAAGGGCCUCGUGCAGCGCACGCGCAUGGCCGCGCCGUUCGGGCCCGGGUCUUGGCCCGCGCCGCUCGAGGUGGACGACGCCGACGCCGCCGACGACGCCGACGACGCCGACCGAAGAAGGUUCGGCUGGAAGCGCGCGCUCGUGCUGGCGGCGAAAGCGCGCGUCGCCGACGCCGCCGCCGCCUCCGCGUGGCUUCCCAAAAACCUCCUGACGCUCUCCGACGACCUCGCCGCGACGGUCUUCAUCGCGUGGUACCCGGACUCGUUCUGCUGCGGCGCGUACCACGAGGCCGCGAUCGUGUUCGACGUGACGUACGGAGGCGGAGACGACGCGGUGGACGCGCUGCACUGCCCGUGGAUGCUCGUGGAUAAAGACCGGAGCAUGAUCGCGGGUCGCGAGAUAUUAGGCUUUCCGAAGAAGCUCGGCGAGUUUGCGUUCACGCUGACGACGGAGGACGGCGCGACGAUCGACGUCUCGGAUCCCUCCGUGGACGUGGCUGACGUCUUAUCGAGAGCCGCGCGCGUGGACGCGAGCGUAACGCGCGAGGGCGCGACUUUGCUGAACAUAACCGGCGCGCUCACGAAGAAAGGAUUCGCGCGACGCGAACCGCUGCUGAAGGACGAACGCAACGUAUUCCUUAACGUGCAGACGAACCACCCGCUGCCUCCCGCGGACGCGUCGAAGCCGAGAGACCCCGCGUGUCUGGGCAACCGACCGAGACUGCUGCAGUUCGUGUUCGACGAGGUGGUGACCGACGAUACGUACGAUUUGAAAGACGCCGCCGUCGCGUUGACGCAAACCAAAACUGAUUCGAUCGGCGCGCCGUUCGGGUUCAAAGGGAUCGAAACCGGCGGCGACCUGGACGUCCUCGGGAUGAAGAUCGGCAUCACGAACUUCUACACCGGUCUGGAAGGAACGCCGACGUUAGGGCCGACGGUCCCGAGCGGGUUCAUCGAGAACGACGACGUGUACUGGCUCCGGUACCAGUGA